UCAAAAUGGCGAACUCUCUGAAUUUUGAGUCACGUAUCUCUUGCAGCCAGUUCGUAUUUUGACUGAAUUAUUCGUCUUUCAACACAAUAAAUAAAUUCUGUUGUGAUUUUAUUGUUUGUUAAUAGAAAUAUAUGUUUACCAAUUUUCGUUCUGGUAGUCAUGUGAUUUGAAACAUUUAUCUAAGCAAAAUGGCGGAUGACGAGGAGAACGCAGAUCGCAAAACCGGACUCUGUCUAGCGAACUUCCUGUUCGGUAACAUCGACGAAUCCGGCGAACUAGAGAACGAUUUCCUCGACAGCGAAUCGAAACGCAGUUUGCGAUCACUGGAGCGGUUUGGUUUGGGAUCGAUCCUGCAAGAUCUGCUUGGCGAAGCUGGCGUGAAGAAUAUCAAGAGAGAAGCGAACGAAGAUGAUGACAAGGAUGACAGUGAUGAUGAAGACGAUGACACUCACGAGAAAGCGGAUGAGGCGAAAGAGAAGACGGGCGAAGAUGAGGAGAAAGAGGAACAUUUCGUUGAUGUAAAAUCGCCCUCAGCUGUUGAUUACUCGGAUAUCAAUGAAUUAGCUGAAGACUGUUACACAGAAGUGGUAGCCAACAGUAAGCCUCCAAAACAAGAGACCGAUGCCACAGAUUACGACGCGGAUGAUGAGGACACAAAUAUUAAGAACGAGGAUGAUCAACUUAUGCCACCUCCUCCUCUUCCUCCGUCCGAUUCGAAAGCGAGUAACGACAAAGAUGCGGCUAAAGAAGAAGAGAAGAGGCGCAAAUUGGAAACACCGUUGGCGGCCAUGUUGCCGUCAAAAUAUGCUGGCGUUGAUGUCCGAGAGAUAUUUCCGGAUUUUCGUGUUGAUAAGGUGUUGAGGUUCUCGCGUCUAUUCGGGCCGGGCAAGCCGAGCAGCCUGCCACAGAUCUGGCGCAGUGUGCGGAAGCGGAGGAAGCGCCGGAAGCACCUAGACAGGCAUCAUCAUCAUCAGUCGGACUCUGGCUCCGACAACGAAUCCUACCGCAACAAGAAGCGCGGUUGGACGUUCAACUUUGCGCCGCCGCCUCCGCCCGAGAUGUGUGCUUCUGAUGAUGAGAAAAAGCUACUGCAACCGCAAGAAGACAAGGUGCAAAACAAGUCGCCGGACAACGGAGAGAACCCGGACAUGGGUCCCAAGGCGGCCGACUGGAGGUUUGGGCCGGCGCAGGUUUGGUAUGAUAUGCUCGAUGUACCUGAGACCGGCGAAGGAUUCAACUACGGUUUCAAACUCAAAGAAAAGACUGAAGACAAUGAAACUCCGAAAGAAGGCUUUCCUGAAGAUGCCUACCUCAUGGUGUCGCAACUGCAUUGGGAGGAUGAUGUAGUAUGGAACGGAGAAGAAAUAAAACAUAAGGUUUUGCAGAAGUUGAACUGUAAGACGAACGCGGCGGGCUGGGUGCCGAGCAGCAGCAAUCGCACGGCGCAGGCGUUCAGUCAGCCGGGCAAGGGAAUGCCUCAGAUUCCAGGCGCCAAUGUCCGUCUGGCCACCAUACAGAUCGCCAAUCCCGCCAACAAGACUAAAAUGAUGAUGAACAAAAACCAGAUGAACCGAGAGGACAACGGUGACGACACGUGGUAUUCGAUAUUCCCGGUGGAGAACGAGGAGCUGGUGUACGGCAUGUGGGAGGACGAGGUGAUCUGGGACGCUGAGAACAUGGCCACCAUUCCCAAGCCCAAGAUACUCACCCUCGAUCCCAACGACGAGAACAUCAUUCUGGGAAUUCCCAACGAUGUGGAUCCCUCGAAGCAGCGCAUCGACUCGGCCACACCAGUCAAGGUCAAGAUCCCGCAUCCGCAUGUGAAGAAGUCGAAGAUUCUGCUGGGCAAGGCGGGUGUCAUCAAUGUGCUGGAAGAGGAUUCGCCGCCCCCUCCACCCAAGUCACCCGAUCGGGAUCCGUUCAAUGUGUCCAAUGAUAGCUACUACCAGGCACGUUCGUCGGACACGUCGCUACGCCUGAAGGUGGGCGGAGGCAACCUGAUCCAGCACUCGACGCCUGUUGUCGAACUGCGAGCGCCCUUCGUGCAGACGUUCAUGGGACCAAUCAGGCUGCGCAACUUCCACCGACCGGCCAUGAAGCGCUACUCGCACGGCGCACUCGCCAGUCCCGGUCCACAUCAAGUCAUGCCGCUGCUCAAGCAUAUCAAGAAGAAGGCCAAGAUACGGGAGCAAGAACGACUGCUGUCUGGUGGUGGAGAUGUGUUCUUCAUGAGGACACCAGAGGAUCUCACUGGUAAAGAUGGCGACAUCGUUCUGGUCGAGUUUGGAGAAGAACAUCCUCCUCUUAUCAACCAGGUUGGAAUGUGCACGAAAGUGAAGAACUAUUACAAGCGGAGAGCGGGCAAGGACGCGGGUCCUCAGGAGUACAAGUAUGGCGAAGUGGCCUAUGCUCACUCGUCCCCGUUUCUCGGCGUCCUGCCGCCGGGUCGCUCCAUACAGGCGCUUGAAAACAACAUGUACCGUGCGCCCAUUUACGAACACAAGAUACCGCAGACUGAUUUCCUUGUCAUCAGGACCAGACAUCAGUAUGCCGUCAGAGAGCUGGACGCUUUGUUUGUGGCGGGACAGUUAUGUCCGCUAUAUGAAGUGCCUGGCCCCAACUCAAAACGGGCCAAUAAUUUCGUGCGGGAUUUCCUUCAAGUGUUCAUUUACCGUUUAUUCUGGAAAAGCACAGAUGUACCUCGCAGAAUCAAGAUGGACGACAUAAGGAAAGCAUUUCCCUCGCAUUCUGAGAGCAGUAUUCGUAAGAGGCUGAAAUUAUGCGCCGAUUUCAAGAGGACAGGCUUGGACUCGAAUUGGUGGGUGAUUAAGCCGGACUUUCGGCUUCCAACUGAGGAAGAGAUUCGUGCCAUGGUGUCACCCGAGCAGUGCUGUGCCUACUUCAGCAUGAUCUCCGCUGAACAAAGGCUCAAGGACGCCGGUUACGGUGAGAAGUUCAUCUUCACGCCGUGCGAGGAUGACGAUGAGGAGAUGCAACUGAAGAUGGACGACGAGGUGAAGGUGGCGCCGUGGAACACGACCCGUGCCUACAUCCAGGCCAUGAAGGGAAAGUGCCUCUUGCAGCUCACUGGCCCGGCCGAUCCCACCGGCUGUGGCGAGGGAUUCUCCUAUGUGCGCAUGCCCAACAAACCCACUCAAAGCAAAGAAGAACAAGAAGCGCAGCCUAAGCGGACGGUGACUGGAACAGAUGCUGAUCUCAGGCGGUUGUCUCUCAACAAUGCCAAAGCUCUGCUCAGGAAAUUUGGAGUGCCUGAGGAAGAGAUUAAAAAACUUUCUCGAUGGGAAGUGAUAGACGUAGUACGAACACUUUCGACAGAGAAGGCCAAGGCUGGUGAGGAAGGAAUGACAAAGUUUUCAAGAGGGAAUCGGUUCUCAAUCGCCGAACAUCAAGAAAGAUAUAAGGAAGAAUGCCAGCGGAUAUUCGAUUUACAAAAUCGGGUGCUUGCAUCAUGCGAAGUGCUUUCUACAGAUGAAGGUGAAAGUUCUGAUGAAGACAGCUCCGAUAUCGAAGAGAUGGGCAAAAACAUUGAAAACAUGUUGGCCAACAAGAAAACUAGUACUCAGUUGUCUCUGGAAAAGGAAGAACAAGAGAGACAGGAAUUGAGGAAGAUGAUAAUGGGAGAAGGAGCAGAUAGUCAUGAUCCAAGGAAAAAGAAGGACAUGAAGAAAGAAGAAGAGGAUAAUAAUUCGCUUACAAACUUCACUGGGCAGCCAGGUCGCGUUCUGAAAAUCUACCGCACAUUCCGCGACUCGGAGGGCAAGGACUACACUCGUAUGGAGGUGGUGCGGAAGCCGGCCGUGAUCGACACCUACGUUAAGAUAAGGACGACCAAGGACGAGGCGUUCAUUCGGCAGUACGCCAUGUUGGACGACUCGCAGAAGGAGGAGAUGAAGCGGGAGAAGCGGCGUCUACAGGAGCAGCUGCGACGCAUCAAACGCAACCAGGAGCGCGAACGCAUCACUGGUCUGUUCAACCGCAACUCGUCGCCGGCGUCUCAGUUCAUGUCGCACCAGUCAUUGCUGAACCGCAACCGGCUGGAGUCAGAGCGGCUGGAAUCAGGUGGGGGGAGUCACAAGUCUAUGCUGCAUCACCUGUUGCCCUCACACAGGAGCCAACACGGGGCCAGUGGCAGUGGGCUUGCCCCUCCUACGCCCACUCCGCCCCGUCGUCGCAAGCCAAGCAAGAUGAAGCCUGACUUGAAGCUCAAGUGCGGGGCUUGCGGAAAUGUUGGCCAUAUGAGGACGAACAAGGCGUGCCCGCUGUACCAGAACUCGGGUCCCCCUCCCUCACUCAACGUAGCCAUGACAGAGGAGCAGGAGGAGGAGAUCGAGAAGCAGUUGAACGAGGAUGAUGAGGAUCUAGUCAAUGUCGAUGGCACCAAAGUCAAGCUGUCAUACAAACUGCUAAGGCACGCAGAGGAGAUGAAACGCAAAACGCUGCUACUGAAGGUGCCGCGCGACGCGGUGAACGCACGCAAGCGACGCAAGCAGACGGCCGAGCUGCACUGCGACUACCUGAAGCGACAGCAGCGGCCGGCCAACCGCCGUCGCACCGACCCGGUCGUCGUGCUCUCAACCAUCUUGGAGUCCAUUCUCAACGAGAUGCGCGAUCUGCCAGAUGUCCAGCCAUUCUUGUUUCCUGUUAGCGCCAAGGUUGUGCCUGAUUACUACAAAAUAAUUACAAGGCCUAUGGACUUGCAAACGAUUCGUGAAAAUCUGCGACAGAAGAAGUACCAGAGUCGGGAAGAGUUCCUGGCUGAUGUCAAUCAGAUAGUUGAAAACUCCACACUUUAUAAUGGCGGCAAAAGCUCACUAACGGUGGCCGCACAAAGAAUGCUGAGUGUGUGCUUCGAGCGACUGGGCGAGAAGGAGGAGCGACUGAUGCGACUCGAGAAGGUCAUCAACCCUCUGCUGGACGACAACGACCAAGUCGCACUCACCUUCAUCCUCGACAACGUCAUCAACAACAAGCUCAAGAAUAUGUCAGAGUCGUGGCCCUUCAACAAGCCCGUCAACAAGAAGAUGGUCAAGGACUACUACACUGUCAUCAAGACGCCCAUGGACCUCGAUACAAUCGCCAAGAAAGUCAAGUCUCACAAAUACCAUAAUCGUCAUGAGUUUUUGGCUGAUGUGGAGCUUAUUCUUGAGAACUGCACCAUCUACAACGGCAAAGAUUCGCCGUUCACGGAAAAAGCAGAAACAUUGGUUAAAACAGCGCAUGCUACUUUGGAGGAGUAUGACGAGCACCUGACUCAGUUGGAGAAGAACAUCAGUCUGGUGCAAGAGAGAGCGCUAGAACAGGCGGAGACUAAUUCCAUUGACACGUGGCUUGGUCAGGAUGAUGAAAACUACACACUGCAUGAGGGUGAAACAGCCAUGAGUCAUACGAGUUCUCCGUUCGACAAGAGCAGAUUGGACGAUUACGACUUUGUGGACGUGGAUGGAAUGGAGGCCGACAUAAUCAGGGAUCGCAUCAAGCAGGAGCAAGAACGCGACCUCAUGAAGUACCUCAGUCAGAAUAUGAAAAAGGAGGCCGGAGUUUUGGAAGAAGGUUCGUGUUUAGUUAAUUAUAUUUGCAUGAAAAUAUGA